CUAUCUUGAUAUUGCUUUUGUCGUAUGGGCGUCUCUCUUUUACUUCGUCGUUUCAGUACCUUAACCCCUGCAAUUCUGGGUUUGCUGCCUGGUAGUUACUGCAAACUCUUAGCGCCAUUGACCACACGAAGAUGCCUAUCAAAUGGGUUUUGCACUGGCAACCCGAUGUAGGGACAACAGCGAGUGGUCAAAUAGUGAAUGAAGUAACACAAUGUGUCGAGAGCAUGAAUGGCGUCAAAGAUGGCAGGUGGAAAGCCACUCUCACUUUUUACAAGCCUAUGCUUCGAGACCAGGCUUUACUUCCCGAGUUCCCUCGAGAUUUUAUGGGGAUUUCGCUGCCGGAGCAACCCAACAAGUACUAUUUCAUAAUUCGUGGGCAGCGUUUAGUUCUCGAGGCCGAUUCUACUAUUCAGACAAUAAUGGAUAAAUUGCAGUCAUACAAAUCGAGGGUCUCUCUUAAUUUUGAGGGGAAUCAGUACCAACUUGGAGACUUCCAAUUGAGGGUGGGGAAAGUUUCACCUGCUCAUUCUGAAACUUUGAGAGGAAUAGUGAUGGAGCUGGAGUACCUCCCAAUCUCUUCAAUUGAAAAAGCCAGGCAGAUGAUGGACGGUUUCCUCGGUCUAUGGCAGGAAGCUGUGUCAAAAAGAUCACUACCAGGCCAAUUCAUGCAUAUAGAACCAAAUUUCACCGAGUUUGGGCUCGGAGACUAUUAUACCUCGCAACAUACAGCCGUCCAAUAUGCCAUUGUUGUAGCUCAAGUAAUAGCAACAGUACAAGCAGGACAAGCGGUGAGAAAUUAGGAAAUGCUUUUUUUCAAAGAAAUGAAACCCGUUUUAUAUAUUAGAAACUGUCUUUUGGCAUGAUAUAUGUUUUAUUUCAAUGAAGUAAACAUUCCACACCAGGUUUAUUGUAUAUGCUAAUUUUGGAGGGAAGAAACUAAGGGACUAAUCGUUUACCAAUAUCCUCUAUGCCUCAAAUGAUUAAUGCUGAACUUUCCCUU